AUGCAAAGUCUCUCUCCCCUUUCUAUCAGCAGCGUUUCUUCUCUCCAUGCCAGUACUGUCGGUUCCACGCAAUCAACCGUUCGUAUCUGUUCCCAUUUGUUUUCAGACCAUCAUCAAAGCUUAGAUGAUAUUGGGAGCAAAGUUGAUCGAACCAAUACUUGCAAGCACGUCUUUUCUCAGUCUGACUGGUACCGUGCCGAUUGGGCAUGCAAACAAGUAGAACAGCUGCAGCGCCAGCUGUGGAGACGCAGAGCGGUUAAGUUCUCUCACAACCAAGACAUGCUGUUCAUUUCGCGUCGACUAGCUGGAUGGCGUCUAGAAUCGACCGGACGAAAUCGGUAUUAA